AUGUCAAUUAGUCAAAAAUUACAAUCAUCAAAUGUAACAACAUCACCGGUGAAAGAUGAUACUGAGCUCAAUAAUGUAGAUAAAAAUUUUGACAAACAAGAAACAAAUUCCAAGAAGCGACGUUUAUCAGUAAAUGAAACUCUUGAUCUGCCUCAUAAACGUAAACCAGCGUGUGGAAUUCAGAUCAAACUAAAUACAACUGCAAAGAAACCGGAUAAUUCUUCUUCUAUACAACAACCGUCAAAAAAAUUAUUAUCACCUCUUUUCAGUCAAGAAGAUGAAGAGGAAGAGACGGAAUUAAUGCCGACAGAAGCACGAAUACGUAUGAGAAAUCUUGGAAAAGAUACCCAGACGAGUGCUGGUCCAAAUAGUUUUUUUAAAACAAAAUUAGGUUUUGUUGAUCGACGACGAUUAUUUGAUAAAAAAUUACAUGAACAAGCUGGACGAUUACAAAAUAAUUCGAAAACUUGA